AUGCUAGUUCUCACGGGAGUCGGUCCCAGUCGCAUCAACGAGGACGCGAACGCCUUCACCACGCACCUCUUUCCAGACCUGGUAGGCCGAGACACCCAUAUUCUCGGUGAGUCUUUCGGAUCGUCCCUAACCCCCGUCGGCGAGACGUAUCUAUUGGACAGAUCAAUCCCGGGACCGCAGGUCAAGCUCGAUGUCAAAAGCAUUGCCCUCACCAGCCCUUUUGUGGACGUCGGCUUUUCGAGCCCGAGCUUGAGGCUUGCAUCAAGAUCAAUCACAUGUGGUACCUUCCUGAGAGAAAUAUCGUGCACCGUAAGUACCACUACCGAGACUGUUCCCGGCGAAUACAAUGAAGACGACGAUCCUCUUGUCUCAGUGGAAAAACCCUGCUACAGCUUUCCGACGUGUUCGCCGUGGGUGGCCACCGUGGAAAAAUAUUUGAAUGAUCCCGGCCUUCAGGCAAGGCUCGGCUUGCAAGAUAAGGUCCCCGUCGACUUCCACGUCAUGGACAUGGACAUCAAUGCGGCUUUCAGUUCUUCCAUGACGAGGUCAAACCUCUCCCGCGUCACCUAUCUAUUGGAGGACACGCCUACCCGUGUGCUCUUGCGCAGUGGAAGACUGGAUCCCGACGCGAAUGGAGGCAGUGGACCGUCCAGGAUAUGGACGGCGUGUCGACGGGGCGGAAAAAUCAAGAACUCGACCGGCCUCACGUUUGUCACGUUUGAGAACGCCGGCCACAUGGUCCCAGGAGACGAUUCUGCCGGCGCUUCUGCCGCCCUUUCCGAAUGGUUGAGCUCAUGA